AUGAUAGAGUUUUAAGACAACCCAGCUUAGUAGUAUUUGAAUGUUAAAAUUAAUUCAGAAAUACUCGGUAAAUUUUUCUUUGAUUUAUCCACAUCUUGGUGUACUCAUCUAGACAUAGAACUCUUCCACAUUUUUGGAUUUACAUUAUUUUUUGCUGUGACAAAAGGAGACAAGAUAAAAUAGUCAUAAUUUAUGCCAUUAUAUGAUAUCUAAGCCUUACCAAGGUCUUUUUUCGAAGAUUCAACUAAUUUGAAAAUUACAUACUAAAAAUUCAAGAAGAAAAAUUUAAUAUAUUAUAGAGCAUGGUGUGAAUGGAAUUAUUUAAGAAUGCCUGAAAUAGGAGAGACUAUGUUUGACAAAUUAAUUUCUUUAUUUCCAGAUGAUGCAAGAGUAGAAGAUUUUUAUGAUUACUUUUCUAACAUAAUAGAAAUUGUUAGUAAAGAGAUCACAUCGUCGCUUCAAAACUAAAAUACAAAAGAUAAAGAUGUACCCAAUAAAAAUCACGAAAAUCAGUAAUCUUAGAUUCAAUAAGAGAAUACUCAAUAAUAAGAUUCUAAAGAUGAUGAAUUUCAAAAAUUGUCAUUAGAAUAAGAUGAAGCAAUGUUAUGGUAUGAGUAAUAGAAAAAGGAAUUGCCUGAAGAAUUCAAGGAACAAAAAUCUGAUGUUUUAGGAAGAUGCUAUUUAUAAUAGAUUCAACCAUUGCCACCAGACUUAUUUGUGUUAAGAUAUAAUGAGAGAGAAAAAUGUUAUGUUUUAGAAAGGAAAGUAAAGAUUCCAAUAAUUGGUGUACAAAAACCCAUCGUAAACACUACAGGAAAUGACAGAAUUCAAUUAUAAAAAUAAUAUUUUAAAUAGGAUAAGGAUACAAGCUUAUUCUAUACAAGUAAUCCAGUCAAUGAUGUCACCGUAAUAGCAUAAUAACAAAAUCAACCAAAAUAAUAAUAAUUGCCUAAAGUUAAAAAAUAGAACACUCAAUUGGAGAGGGUGAAUAAGUCAUUUUCACAAUAUGAUAAAAUUAAUACUCAAGAAAAAGGAAAUAUACUAUUGCCACAAUUUGCCUAAGAAUAGUUGGUGUAAAAACAAGCAAAUACUCCUGGAAUCAGAUUGUUUGAGUAAUAUUCUACAGAAAUCAAUGUCAAGAAAAGAGAAGUCAAAUAGGAUCUUCCAUUGUAAUUAAUUAAGCAUCCCAGAUCAACUGUUACUGUUGAUUUGAAGGAAGAUUCUCAUAAGGAAUUGGGCAGAAUUAAUCUGACUCCCAUUUAAUCAUUUAGAUAAGCUUCAUAAUUACACAACACCAACUUGACCUUUAAAUAGAUUCAAUCUAUUUAAGAUAGUAAGCAUUUAUGGUAGUCAAUGAUGACUUAAGAAGAAAUGGAGGUUUUGCUAUAAGAUGAGAAGAAGUUUUAUCAUAUGUUGCAUCUUUUGAAGUUGAAGUUCAAUUUUGAGCAUAGGUCAGAAUAUUUGAAAUAAUUUAAAUUAAAGCUAGAUAAUAUUUCUAAAAGAGAUGAAAUGGGAGGAAUAUUAACAAAUGAAGAUAGAAAAAGAUUCCAUGAGAGAAUAACUAUAAUUCUUGAAAGAGAGAAGAAAAGAAAGAAACGUAGAAGAAGAAAUGUGAUUGAUCCAUACAAACAAAGAAAUAGGAGUUGGUCCAUAAAGACUAAAUUCAAGAACAGAAAUUGCAGAGAGUAAUUUAAAUAGAUUUUUAUAACUCCUUUGAUUUAAUGA